CCGCCUACCAUCUGUCAUUUAGACUUCCGGAUUCCUCCAGCUGAUUCUGAUGGAAAGCAGCCGGUCGAGAGUGGGCAUGGGUCUGUGCCAUGGCUAGAAGAGUCCAGCGAAGAUAGAGCAGAACUGCAGUGCCAUGGAGGAUGCCCAGUCCAGACCCCAUUCAUCUCACUCCAUAUACUCACAGAGGACUGAAGAUGGAGACUCCGCCCUUGGAAAUCAUGCUGAACAUCACCUCACUGUCAGUCAGACAGUCCUGGUGGUUGCCAAGCGCUCAGAAAGCCCCAACCUGAGUUUGACCGAAGAGACAAUUUACAUUCCUCAACCAGUGUCUUCGGUAGACGCGUGCACCAACACAGAACCUCCAUACGAAUGUUGUCCAUGGCUGCGCAGAGUAUGCCCGUGCCCACCCCGAGGCCUGUUGGCCACAAUAAUCACCAAAGUGACCAUGGCUGCAGUGCUUUUUGGGGUAGUGUUGUCCAUUACAGAGAAGGAAUGCCUACCGGGCGGGAACCUCUUUGGCAUUUUGACUCUGUUCAUCUGUUCUGUGGCUGGAGGAAAGCUGUUUGGAUGCAUCCACUUCCCAAACCUGCCACCCUUACCUCCUCUUCUUGGUAUGCUGCUGGCAGGCUUUAUCCUCAGAAACAUCCCUGUGGUGACAGAUGCGGUUUACAUUGAUGUUAGAUGGUCUGCCUCUCUGAGGAACAUCGCCCUGGCUGUCAUUCUGGUUAAAGCUGGGCUGGAAUUAGAUGGCAAAGCCCUGAGGAAGCUGAAAGCAGUGUGUUUACGUUUGUCCAUAUUGCCUCUCACCUUCGAGGCAACCACUAUGGCCGUGGUCUCCUAUUUAUUAUUGGGUCUUCCAUGGGCCUGGGGCUUCAUUCUAGGGUUUGUUCUUGGGGCCGUCUCUCCUGCAGUAGUGGUUCCAUCCAUGCUGCUUCUACAGAAGCAAGGAUAUGGAGCAGAGCAGGGCAUACCUACUCUUCUCAUGGCAGCAUGCAGCGUUGAUGACAUCGUUGCCAUUACCUGCUUUACCACCUGCUUGGGCGUAGCUUUUGCCACAGGCACAGUGUGGUUAAAUGUGCUGAGAGGACCACUGGAGGUGUUAGGUGGUGUGGUUGCUGGUGUGGCCUUAGGAUACUUUCUGCGUUACUUCCCCAGCAGAGAUCAGGGAAACCUGGUGCUAAAACGAUCCUUCCUGGUACUGGGGCUGUCUGUGUUUGCUUUGUUUGGCAGUAAUGUGGCGGGAAUUCCUGGCGCAGGAGGCCUCUGUACACUGCUGCUGGCGUUUGUGGCUGGAAUAGGCUGGGGAAAAGCUAAGGCACCAGUGGUGGAGAUAGUGGAAAGGUUCUGGUAUGUGUUCCAGCCUCUUCUCUUUGGUCUCAUCGGUGCUGAGAUUGUCAUUAGUGCUUUGGAGAUCACCACUGUAUCUCUAGGUAUAGCAGCCCUGUUCAUGGCUCUCACUGUACGGCUGCUUAUCACUUUUGCUGUGGUUAUGCGUGCUGGCUUCAGUCUGAAAGAGAAAGUCUUUAUUGCACUUGCAUGGAUUCCUAAAGCCACAGUACAGGCUGCUAUAGGUUCUACAGCUCUGGAUAUGGCCCGUUCUAAGAAUGACCUUGAGCUGCAGAAAUACGGUAUGGACGUCCUCACCGUGGCUGUACUGUCCAUUCUCAUCACCGCUCCUAUUGGAGCCCUUGUUAUCGGCCUGCUCGGACCUCAAAUGCUGCAGAAACCAAAGAACCCUGAGUGGGCUGUCAGUCAAGGUGCUUUAUCGGCAUCAGGCACACCGGUGACAUACGAGAGUGCUUUGUGAUCCAUGAUAGAAGCUUUUGGAUAUUUCUGGAAUGGAGUUUCCAGGAUCUUCGAAGGAAAUGACACCCAACUUCUGAGGCUGCUGAUAAACCAGUUUAUCUUCUCAGUCAUCUUUGUUACACCCCUCUGAAGUCAAACUUCUGAUAUGGCAGACGUACUACUCAGAGUUGGAUGGAAACAAUCAUAUCACUCACAGUAUUUCUUGUAUUUAUUAAGAUACAGGCAGUGAUUGUACAUUUUAAGUUAUUAUUCUCCUCCAGAACAUUUACAGAGAUUGUUUUAGUGCUGCUAAGUAUACAAUUUAAAUAGUUGUUUAUGAAGAUUAUUUUUUUAAAUGUCAUUCUGCUGUUUUGAUAGUAUUUCUUACAUUAGGCAUCUUAUAAAUCAGUCUAUAGACUACACUUCCAUGUUAUUAAAAAAAACCCAUCAGUGUCAUCUCAACAUCCUGCAUUCUGACAUUUUGCAUCAAGAGUUCCUGCAGGUAUCUUGUCAGCCCCUGUAGACAUACAGCCAAAUACUGUACUUGUAGAAAUACAGUACAAGAAAAUCUGCAGUACGUUUGUUAAAAUAUGUUUUGUGUUUACAGUAGAAGUAAUUUUAGGAUGUAAUGAAAGUUGAUAAUUAUUAUUUAGUAGUUUAAUAAUGCAAGCCAUUUUUGUCCAAUACCUAGCAAAUCUUUCCCCCUCCCCUGAAAACACUUAAAUUAUGUCAGCAUUGCAGAGCUAACAUGUUACUUUCCAAAAGAACAAGUAAUAUUUAUUUAUCAGUUAUUUGAGUUACUUUUUUAAUAUGAUUUUGUUUUCAUAAUGCGUCUGUUUUAAUCUGUUAUCAUACAGGGUCAUGUGAAUGGUUUAGAUAUAUUUCUUCUUCUAAUGAAAUGAGUUUACUGCUUGGUUUUGUCUCAGAAUUUAAUAGUAAUGCUACAUGCAGUCAUUGUUAAUUUUCAAAGUAAUAAAAUGAUUAUUGUUAUUAAUACUUUAUGAAUAUGUAAUUGUUUACCACCUUUUUAAAUUAAAUGACUGAUGUAUA